UGAUGGGCCAAAAAGCCCAAAUCCGGUUCGACAGCGUGCUUCUUCCUCUAACUCUCUCCCAAGCCGAGAAGAAGAAUCUCCAACGUCAGUGUUCGUGAGACAGACCUGUCGCCUCCAUUCAAGGGCAUCUUGCGAGCAAGGCGAUGAGUCUGGAAAAGAAUCCGCUUGUAUUUUUUGAUGUUUCGAUUGAUGGGGAUCCCGUGGAAAGAAUUGUUAUUGAGCUUUUUGCCAGUGUAGUUCCAAAGACAGCCGAGAAUUUCCGGGCGCUUUGCACAGGUGAGAAGGGCAUUGGAAAAUCAACUGGGAAACCUUUGCAUUAUAAAGGAACAUCCUUUCAUCGUAUAAUUAAAGGUUUUAUGGCUCAAGGUGGUGAUUUCUCAAGGGGUAACGGCACAGGUGGAGAAAGUAUAUAUGGAGGAAAGUUUGCAGAUGAAAAUUUCAUACUAAAACAUGAUGGACCUGGUUUUCUUUCUAUGGCUAAUAGUGGUCCUAAUACAAAUGGAUCUCAGUUUUUUAUCCUAUUCAAGCCCCAGCCUCAUCUUGAUAGGAAGCAUGUUGUUUUUGGAAAAGUUGCCAAGGGUUUGGAGAUUCUGAAGAAAAUUGAGCAGGUGGGAACAUCUGAUGGGAAACCUGCCCAGCCAGUUAAAAUUAUCGAUUGUGGUGAAAUCGCUAAAACUAAAAUUCAGCAUCAAGUCGAGAAGGAGAAGGAGAAAGGGAAACAGAGAAAGUCUGUGAAAUCCUUGACUUCUGAUGAUAGUUCCGACAAAAAAUCAAGAAGAAAAAGAAAAAAAUCUUCCAAAGACUCAAGGAAGAGGAGGAGGAGAUACUCAUCAUCCGAUAGUGAUAGUGAUACCGGUAGUGAUAGUUAUUCCUCAGACUCUGAGUCAGAUUCAGCUUCAGAUUCUGAAUCAGAUUCAUCAGAUUCUGAUUCAAGUUCCUCUAAACAUGGGAAACACCUGAAAAGGAAGAGAAGUAAGCGUAAGCAUGGGAGGAAGACGAAAACUGGACGAAAGCAGAGCAGGAGAAGCCAACAUAGUAGAACUAAAAGAUCAAGAAGAAAGUCCAAAUGGAGUUCUGAAGGUUCAAGUGAUACAGAAAGUGAGAGUUCUACUGCUAGUGAUAGUAGUUCUGGUGAUGAGAAAGCUGAUCGUCGUGUCUCUGGUCGUAAGACAGAUGCUGACAAUAAAGCUAAAAAAAAUAUAGCUGAUCAUGCUACAGACUUGAGAAAGCAAUCGUCUAGCCUUCCCCUACGAAUUCAAACUAUUCCAGAACAGGAAAUAGAUCCGAAGGUUAGAACUGUGGACAAGCAAUCACAUGAAGAAGGGGAAAUGUCUCCAGAAAAUGGUACAUUUGUGAAUAAUGGGCAUGAGACUCGAGCAGAAUUAAGUAAACCUGCCAAGCAACAUGCUUAUUCAGAUGAUUCAAACCACAAUAGAGUUGCAAGGUCUGGAAGAAGUCCUGUUAGUCCUACCAGGAAUUCUGGGGAGCGAAACCAAGAACAUACUUUGUUGGCUAGUCCUGGCCAAAAAGCACCUGAACCUGCCUCCAAGCAUGGUCAGGGAUUUACAAAAAGCCCCUCACCAAAUGGCAUGCCUAAGCGCGUUAAAAAAGGACGUGGCUUUACUGAGCGCUAUGCCUUUGUACGCAAAUAUCGUACUCCAUCUCCAGAGAGGUCUCCCCGUCCAUAUCGAUAUGGUGAUAGAAAUAUCAGAAGGAACUUUGACAGAAAUCCAAGUUCCAGAGGUUAUUCUGAGCGCUCACCACCGCCUAGACGGUUUCGAAGCCCACCAAGAGGCCGUCCAAGAUACCCAAGCAGAAGAAGUCGGAGUAGGAGCAUCUCCCGCAGUCCAGUGCGUGGCCGUUUUAGAGAUCGUGGCCGGAGCAGGAGCCGAAGCCCAAUACGCAGCCCUAGUCCAGGAGACAGGCGGCGGCCUUCCAUGAGUGACAGACUAAAAUCACGGCUUGGUUCUCGUGAUAAAAAAUCUCCGGACAGAAGGGGGAGAUCAAAAUCCAAUUCUAGGAGCAAUGGCUCUUCUCGCUCUAGAUCCCCUGACGCUACACCACCAAAGCGUCAUGACAAAAGAACUUCCAUAUCCCGUAGCAGGUCUAGAUCAAGCUCUCCAUCUGGCGGACAGAAGGGUUUGGUUUCUUAUGGAGAUGCUAGUCCUGAUUCUGGGGCUAGGUAACUGUUUUGCUUAGUGGGAUAGCAACACUUAAGUCCCAGUAGGAGCUGAAAUUGACAAAUUCCAAGCUCUACUGGAGUUAUUUUAGGCACUGUCAGGCUCUGUUUAUUAUUCCCAUGUCCUUCGUUGAAGUUCUGAUGUUGAGCCUGAAGUCUGAGCCAGGUGAAGCAUUGUGUUAGCUCAGUCAUUUGUUAGUUCGAGGUACUUGAAUGGAUGCGGCUAAGAUCGGAUUCUGUACCAUUUAUCGACUUAAAUUGGCGUGUUUCUUGUUUUUUUCCUGAUAAGCAUGUUAGCUCGGAUGCACGGAUACGUACAGGUGAGAUUUCGUUCUACUAUGGAAGCUUUAAAAACCUUAUUCUGCAUGGUGAGGUUCAAAACAGUUUGCCAUUAUGUUCAAUGAUAUGCUUAUAUCAGCCUUUGCAUUAGUCAAA